UACCUAUCUAGAUAGGCCACCAAGCAAGGGAGAAGAAAUUAAGGCAGGAUCUGAAGGUGGAAGAAACAAGAUGCGGGCGUUAUGCUACGUGUUCCUCCUCGUUGCUGCUACGCUAAUCAUUACUGAAGGUGACGUCGUCGUUCUAGCAGCUGCUCAGCCAUUCUCGCCGCCGGCGUCUUCGACUGGUCUCGCGACCACACAACAGCAGCAGGGCAUAGCUAUAUCAGGAGUACUAGAAGGAACUCCUCCACCGGCUGGAACGUCGUCGGCGUCGAUGGAGCGGCGGCGGCGGCGGCUGGUGGGGUCGAGGGUUCCGACGUGCAGCUACAACGAGUGCCGGCGCUGCCGCGGGCGCAGGUGCAGCGCGCGUGGAGUCCCCGUGGACGGCAGCGACCCCAUGAGCAGCGCCUACCACUACAGGUGCUUCUGCCAUGCCUAGCUAGCUGGGCAACGGCUGGCCAGUGCGACGACGCGACGGGAAUUAAUAGAACUAUGCAUGUGUGUGGACAAGGACAGUUCGCCAAAUUAGUCAAUUCUCGAAUAAAAGUGUGGCCAAGCAAGACCAACUGUGAAGAAAAAAAAUUUGUGCUCGAUCGAUGAAGGGAUUGAGAAUGACGUACAACUAGACUAAGCAGUGUUGGUCUCUAAAUUAAUUAACGGCACUUAGUUAGCCGUUGCCGUGUUGUUUA